AUGGAUAUUGACGAUUGUAUUAGUAAAGAUUGUGGAACUAUUUAUCGUUUUCAAUUUGCAAGUAUCGCAUUUCUUUGCGGUGUUUUAUUACCAUAUACAUUUCAUACUAAUAUAUGGUCUAUUUAUACAAAACCAUUUUCGACAAUUGAUUGUUCUCGAUCACCAGAUUUAAUAUUAACACAUUUAACAAAUUCAACAACAAAAUCAAAUCGUUCUAUUUGUUGUUCAUGUGAAAAACGAUCGUCAUUAUAUUGUGAUGAAUUACUUAAUGGUGGUUUAGAUAGUGACAUAAGAAAAGCAACAGUUAUUGAAGAGUGGAACUUAGUAUGUGGAUCUGGUAAUAGUAAAACAAUUUUAUAUGGUUCAAUAUCAUUCUUAAUUGCCGAAUGUAUUGGUGUACUCACAAUAAAUAUUCUCGCUGAUCAAUAUGGACGAAAAUUGUUAUUAUUAAUGUGUUUGUAUAUUCCAGUGCUAUUUGGAUCAUUAGCAGCGUUUACAACUACCUAUACUUUGUUUAUUGUUCUAAGAUGGCCAGUCGGAUUUUUAAAUCAAGGAUUAUUACCGCUCGCCUUUAUUAUGGUGAUUGAAUCUUGUGAAUAUCGACAUAGAGCUCAAAUUGGAUGUCUCUUAUUGGCAUCUGUGCCUGUUUUUGGAAUUAUGAUGGAGUCGAGACGAUGGUACGUUAAUAGUCAUCGUGUAUCACGUGUUAACAAAUUCUUACAAUUAUGUUCAAAACAAACAACUGGUCUUGGAAAAGUUUCAAAAAAUUAUUGUAAAGAAAUAUUACCUACAGAUGCUAUUCGAGUUGCUGGAACUUUAACUAGUCUAUUUUUUGAAAGUCGUCUACGAACAAUUACCUGUUGUCUAUCAAUACUUUGGUUUCUUUCCUCAUUUUGUUAUCAUUGCGCAUUAUUUCCUAUUAUCGUAACUCAACCAGCAAUCAAUUUUGUCUUAAUGAAUGCUGUAGAAUUUUUUUCAUUUAUUAUUGCAUUAAUUAUAGCUUUUAAAAUUGGUCGUCGUGCACCAUUAGCUGUACUUACCUUAAUUAGCGGCUUAUCUUCAGUCUCACUAGCUAUAACACUAUUGGGAAAAGAAUAUUCAUGGCUCAAUAUUACAUUUACAUUACUUUCACGUGGAUGUCUUCGAACUUGUUAUUGUCUAUUGAUAUUGUAUUGUACGGAACUAUAUCCAACUUCAGUCCGCUGUGUUGGAUUAGCUCUUGGUCUUGCUGGUUCUACUGUUGCUCGACUUAUUGUUGAAAUUUUAUUAUGGUUUUCCAUCGAUCGUUCACUUCUGUUAUUUAUCUCUGGUGGCUCAUUAUGUUUAAGUUGCUGUGUUGUAUUUCCAUUACCUGAAACACUCUUAUAUGAUUUGCCUGAUUCAUUAACUGAUCUAGAAUCAAUGUCACGAUCAAUGUCAACUGAUAAUGCAACAUUUCGUUCAAAUCAAACAUUUGAUAUGUCAUCAAAUUUAAUUGAAAAAAGUAAUAAUAUUCAAUUAUCUUCUGAUUCUAUAACUACAGCAACAUUUAAUGAUUUAUCAAUAAAUAAUGGACCAAUUCGAUCACCAACUACUACCAGUUUACAUCCAUCAAUAUUAAAACAACAAAAAAGUGUUACUAUUCAAACAAAACCAGAAAUAAUUAAUUCAUCAUCAACAAAUUCAACAUCAUCCACACCAUCAUCACCAAAUCUAAAAGCAAUAACAAAUCCCUGUUAUUUUUCAUCAAUAAAUGAUAUUGAUGAAUCAACAAGACAAAAUAAAAAUAAUACAGACUUUUAUGAUAUUGAACAUAGGACGAAUAAUAGAGUAGAAAGAAAAGAUAGUUUAAACGAUCAAACAGACUUUUCUAAUAAAAUGGGACGAUUUGACGAAUUGAAAGAUCAAAUUCAACAAUUGUACAAUGAAUACACACAAAAUCUUCUAAAUGAAAAGAAUUUUCUGCUCAACGAACUUGAAUUACUUAAACACGAAACUGAAACAGCAACAAAUUUUAUUAAAAAUGGUACACAUCAUAGUGAUAAUGAUGAAUCACAAAUUGAUACACGAGCUAAUAGAACUUCUGAUAAAAUUGAAUCGAAGAAAAGCAUAGUGUCAGACAACAAGAUUAAUAAGGUCACCAGUCUCUCAUCACUAACGAACGAUGACACUCGCGUACCAGUUGAUUCUCUAUUUACCAUAAAAUUUCAACAUUCAUUUCUGAAUGGUGGCCAUCCAAUGCUAGGUGCUAUUAAUUUACUUGAUCCCAAAAAUGAUAAUAAAAUCGUACGAACAAUAUCGUACAAAGAGUCACAAAAUCCAAUUAAUGUGUCAUCAUUAUCGUCAUUAUCUUUACCAUUAGAACAAGAAUAUUGUGAUGACAUAAAUUUUUGGUCUAUGAUUAGUGAUUCUGACACAGAAAUCGAUCAUCAUCAAAAAUUACUACCAACAUCUAAUAUGUACAAUAAUCAAAAAUUGUAUCCAAUUGUAAUACAUUAUACAAAUUCAGAAAAUGAUUUUAAAAUGCGUAAACGUUCGAAUAGUUAUUAUGGUGGAAAACAAAAUAAUCAACAUAGACAUAGUUUUGAUAUGACAAAUAAUAAUUAUUCUGAUAAUAAAGAUUUUAUUCGAUCUAGCCGUCAAAAGACAAAACGAAAAAGUUUUACAAAUCAUUUAUAUUGUAGAACGGCACAAAAUGACAUUGAAGUAGAUAAUAAUCAAUCGGUAAUAAAUAUUUGGUGGCAUUUAGAUGUGGAUAUUGUACCUGUCUAUAGUGGCUAUCGUAAUCAAAAAACAUCAACGUCAACAAAAACUCAUAUAUAUAUUUGUGAUUCUAAUGGUAAAAUUCGUAUUAUUAAUGCAUCGGCUGGUUUAUUAAUCAGUUUAUUUCAAUUAGAUACAUAUGGUCGAGUAUUAAGUUUUGAUGUAAAUGAUUAUUAUUUAAUUGUAAUAACAAAUCAUUCAAAUAAUGAAAAAUAUUCAAUUAAAUUAUAUGAUUAUUUAGGAAAUUUUUCACGUUUACUACGUUUAGAUACGAUUUAUCGACCAUAUUCAAUAGCAUUUACAUUUGAACAUAUUUAUUGUUGUACAGAAAAUACUUUAAGUUCUAUUGAUGAAUUAUUAUUAUUAGAUUUAAAUGGUAAACAAUUAAAUCGAUUACAAUCUAAUUUAAGAUGUUCAACAAUUUCACUUAAUAGACGUUCAGUUGCUGUUAGUGAUGUAACACAUAAUAAAAUUGAAUUACAUUCAAAAACAUUAAAUCAAAAACAGAUAACAAUUGAAUUAGAAAAAUAUGAUAAUGGUAUUGAAAAUGGACCAUAUAAUGUCUGUUUAACUGAACGCGGAUAUUUAUUUGUAAAAGUUAAUAAUAAUAGACAAAUAUGGAUAAUUAAUUCACAAUUACGUCUUAUAAAUAAACUACAAUUUAAUGAUGAUAUAUGGGCAAUGAAAACAUUGCCACAUGAUUAUUUUGUUGUUGGAUUACGAACGGGACAAGAUCAUGGAAAAUUAAUAUAUAUAAAAUAUUUAGAUUUAGAGUAA